AAAAACCCUAAAAAUAAAAUUAAAAAAAAUCCUUGUUUUCUAAAAAUAACCUCCAGCGCUCAAAAUUUUCUCUCUCUUUCUUCGAGGCGUCUCUUCCUCAAGCUACGUUUUCUCUCUCUUCCCCAACCUCUAAACCCUAGUUUCUGCUAGGGUUUCUACCUUACUCAAAUUUUCUCAUUUUCUUCAUUUUUUCUAGGGUUCGUGAAAUUUAUUCUUCAAUUUUGCAGUUUUAGUUUAUUUUUGUUGUUUAAAGCUCGAUUUAGCUCGAAUCUCCAACUUCAAUGGACGGCCGAAAGAGAGGAAGGCAUGAUGCUGGCAGUGCACACUCUAAUGGGGGAUUCAAGAAGCACAAACAAGAAACGGAUGGUAUAGGAAGCAAAUCAAAGCCUUGCACCAAGUUCUUCAGUACAUCUGGAUGUCCAUUUGGAGAAAAUUGUCACUUUCUGCAUCAUGUUGCUGGUGGUUACAAUGCUGUUGCUCAGUUGAUGAACUUACCGCCCAUGUCAAGAAAUGCUCCACCACCCCCUCCACAGGCACACAAUGGCUCUGCUGCUACUGCCAAAACUCGCUUAUGCAACAAAUUCAGCUCUCCUGAUGGGUGCAAAUAUGGUGAUAAAUGCCAUUUUGCCCACGGUGAGUGGGAACUCAAUAAAUCUGUUGCUCCACCAACCUUUGAUGAUCCUCGUGCUAGGGGGGGCCAUCCUAUGCACGGUCGCUUUUCUGGGAGACAUGAACCACCUGUUCCCACUGGUUUUGGUGCCACCUUUGGCGAAUCAGCAACUGCUAAGAUUAGUGUUGAUGCCUCCCUAGCUGGGGCCAUCAUCGGUAAGAGUGGUGUCAACUCGAAACAGAUUUGCCGUCAAACAGGUGUGAAGCUUUCGAUUCGGGAUCAUGAUUCAGAUUCUACAAAGAGGAACAUUGAACUGGAAGGCACCCUAGAUCAGAUCAAGAUGGCAACUGACAUGGUACAUGAUCUUGUAGCAAGUGUCAGUGCAAAUGCCCCCUUUAAGGGUUCUGGAGGACCUGCACCACCUCAUGGACCUGCCUCGACCAAUUACAGGACCAAGAUUUGUGAGAACUUUACAAAGGGUUCAUGUACUUUCGGAGACAGGUGCCACUUUGCUCAUGGGGCUGCGGAGCUACGGAAGUCAGGAGUAUGAGAGCCUUUGCGGAUCCCAAUUUUGUUAGUUGGGUUUUCAGUCUUAAUGACAGUCUUGAAUAUGGCUAAUCAAAUCUAGACUCUGGAGUAAAAUGAGGUUCAAUGAUUCCCUAGAUUUGGCUUAUUCGCUUAUGGUCAUUUGUAGUUUGUUUGUUUUCCUUAGGCUUUGUGUUUAGAUGAUACUUGAUUUGUUUUUCCACCUCUAUUAGAUAGAUUUCUGCUAAAUAUGGGAGGUACCUAAUUGCCUGCAAGAAAGAGAAGAGGAGAAAAAGAAGUAUGGAGUAAAAACAACUUUGCUGCAUUGUGAUGUAAUUUUGUCCUGGAGCUGUUAUCAGAGUAAGAGUAAUGCAGUAUCUGCUGUGUGUUUGAAAUAGUUAUGUCAUGAUCAUAGAACACAGACUCCUCUAUGUUUAGAAUAUGCAUUAGGUGGCUAAUAACUCCUUUUCGUGUACUUUAUCUACUUGCUCAGCCCGUAAUUGACACAUCGAUGAAAAUCAUUCAACUUCAAAGUGUUUGCGGCAUAUAUAUAUAUGGGGUAGUUUUAGUUUUUGUCAA